CCAACCUCAGCCAGUGGGACACGGAGAUGGUGGAAAUGGAGAGUCUGGCUCACCAGGGGAACCUCACCUCGGACAGGCCUAUGUCCGGAGGCCCGAUCGCAGCCGCUCUCUCCAUGACCCUGGGCGUCAUCUCCAACAUCGUGGCCUUGUUCAUCCUGGCAAACGCCUACUCCCACCAGCGCCGACGCUCCAAAGCCACCUUCCUCCUCUUCGCUAGCUCCCUGGUACUCACAGACUUUUUUGGGCACAUCAUCCCGGGAGCGCUGGUCCUCCGGCUUUACCUCUCCGGAGGGGUGUUCCCCGAGGCGGUCGCCGCUUCCUCAAACGGCUCGACCGACCCCAUGUGCCAGUUCCUGGGUGGAUCUAUGGUGUUCUUCGGCCUGUGCCCGCUGUUCCUGGGCUGUGCGAUGGCCGCCGAGCGCUGUCUGGGUGUCACGCAGCCACUGCUCCACUCCUCCUUAGUUACCACCACCCGUACCAAGCUGUCCCUCUCUGGUAUCUGGCUGGUGGCCCUCUGCGUGGCCCUGCUGCCCUGUUUCCAGCUGGGGUCAUACACCUACCAGCACCCCAACAGCUGGUGUUUUAUCAAGGUCUUAGCUAACGACACCCAGGAAGCGGACGUAGCCUUUGUUACGCUCUUCUCCGGGCUGGGCCUGACGUCGCGGGUGGCCCUGGUGUGUAACACCAUCAGCGGGCUGACCCUGGUUCUGGCCAGGCUGAGACGGAGGCCAUCGGGCUACUCAUCGUCCCACAGCCACCGCUCAGUGGCCAAGAGCCAUGAUAUAGAGAUGGUGGUGCAGCUGGUGGGCAUCAUGGUCACGUCCUGUAUCUGCUGGAGCCCUCUGCUGAUCUUCGGGCUCAUGUCGGUGAUGCGCUCCUAUAGGGGCUCCAUUGAUAAAGCUGACAUGGCCACCUACGAGACGUUGAAUUUGAUGGGCGUGAGGCUGGCUUCCUGGAACCAGAUCCUGGACCCCUGGGUCUAUAUACUGCUGCGUCGGGCCGUCCUCCGCAAGAUCUACCUCAUCACCAAGUGCCAGGCCGAUUUGAACGGGAGUGUGCUCCGACGCUGGGAGGGGAACUCGUUUCAGAGCAAGAGCUCGGAGAACAGUCCCGUUAACAGGAUAUGAGAUCAUAACCAAGCGCCAGGCCAAUUUGAAGGGGAGUGUGCUGCUACGCUGGGAGUGGAACCCCUUUCAGAGUAAAAGCUUGGAGAAGAAUACAGUCAACAGUAUAUGACUGUGUGACCGACGGUGUUCGAGUGAAUGCCAGAAGAAGACUGCAUUAGCCCACUAAGCUAAAGCCUAGUAUUGACCAGGGAGCCAAAGCAACUCUUUAGGUCUCAGGCAAGGUUACUCAUCAUGCAGCGAGCGUGGUCCUUGGUACUUGUGGUGGUCACCGACAGAAAAAGAGGACAUUUCUGUUAUCCCGUAUAGUGAAGGAUAUGAUGCUCUGAAAAAUGAGGAUUCCAUGUUCUUCAGCCAUGGCAGUAUCUCUCAAUCUUCUUUAUCACAGUGACUGGCAAGCUAAGAUCAUCCUCCUUUGGAUAUCUCUUAAAUUAAAACUAGGAAUUGAGUACGGACAUACCUGGUGUCCGAGUACGGUCUAUUGGACCAGUCAGUCUGCAUUAUCCCACAGAUGGAGAGUUGAGAAACACAAUACCCCACAGAUGGAGAGUUGAGAAACACAAUACCCCACAGAUGGAGAGUUGGGAAACACAAUACCCCACAGAUGGAGAGUUGAGAAACACAAUACCCCACAGAUGGAGAGUUGGGAAACACAAUACCCCACAGAUGGAGAGUUGGGAAACACACUACCCCACAGAUGGAGAGUUGAGAAACACUAUACCCCACAGAUGGAGAGUUGAGAAACACAAUACCCCACAGAUGGAGAGUUGAGAAACACACUCGCAUAGUGAGUAGGUCAAAGGCUUGAAGCGUAUGAAGAUGUGCAGCUAUAUCAGCACAGAGGUUCAUCUGAGAGAUCAGAAGUUCAAAGCCUAGCUACAUAUCUUCAUGAAUAGAAUGUAACGCAGAAGAAUAUCACAAUUCAUUCAACAUAUUGGAUCUCAUUUGUGGAACGUUGAUUAUUCUGAAGUCUGUUGGUUAAGGUUUAACAAUGACAUUUUAACAUCAUCGAUGUAUAACGAUUCCAGAAUGACUCCAAAAAAAAACGGAGUUGUAUGCCAUGUAAAUGUUAUGCUAAGAUUAAGAUUGCUUGUUAAGUAAAGGGAGAACUACGAUUUUUUCCUGAGCUUCUGAUGUAUAAAAAUGCUACUUCACGUCAAAUAUUGAACAAGUUAUAAAUAUUUAUUGCUUUUCCUCAAUUCUCUGGGGACGUGUAAAGAAGUUAUGGAACAUAAUUGAAUGUGAUGAAAUAAAGAAGAAUGU